AUGAGCGAGUGGGAGAGGGUGUUCCUGCAGAACCUCACCCUUCCUCCACACUGCCAGCGGAGACGGACUCGCCUGCCGGGCUCCACGGCUUUCCGCUGUGUCCUGAAGUACCUGGAAGGGGCUGCCCUCACCCAGGGAGCCGAGUACCAGCUGCGCCUCUCCCUUUUCGACGCCACCUACCACCACUUCUUCCGGCCAGAUGCCCGCGACGCCCCACCGCGCCCGGCCAGGGCGGCUUUCAACGAGACCGUUUACUUCCACACCUCCUUGAACCACCCCGGCAUCGCUGCCGUUGUGGAAGUGGUGGCAACGGUUGGGAAAGGGGAUGAGGGCUCUCAGCACGUCUCCUGCGGCUUUGGACUCAUCCCCCUCUUUGGCAGGGGAUCGGAGGCGACGGACCCAGCCGCCGAGGACAGAGUACUGAAGCUGUACCACGGGACGCCGCGCGCCUUACUGCACCCACGCUUCCAGGACCCUGUGGAAAAGAACAAACACCUGACGGUGAUGGAGAAGAGCCACCUGCAGUACGCCCUGAAGCCCCACCAGCCCCUGGAGAUGAUAUUUCACCUCCUUCCCGAAAACCUUCUGAUGUCUGGGCUGCAGACCGUUCCCGGCUUGCUGCCGGCACGUGGAGAUGCGAGUGACUGCUUGCAGAAACCCCGGCUGAUGAAGCCGGUCACCUGCUAUCUGGAGAGGCUGUCGGUCCAGCUGUACCCUUCCUUGGAGGAAUUCGAGGAAGAACUGCUGGACUUACUGAACAGCGAUCGCUUACUUAAGGCUAAUGCUGCGCCGGACGGCAGUGGGGUGGUGGUUCGGGAGCGGCGGCUGCAUGUUGGCGUCCACAACGGCCUGCGCUUCGUCCAGGUGCCGCAGGUGGCCGUGCUGGUGCCGGAGGCAGAGAUGGUGCGGGGUGGCUACCCAGGGAUGCCAGGCUCCGGAGCCAGGGGUGCAGGUCAAGCCCUGGUCCUGAGGAGCCGCAUCCACCUGAGCGAAAUGGUCCCUCACCCAGCGUUUGGGGUCUGCUUCCAGCUGGAGUACGUCUUCUGCGCCGCGGGGAGAGCUGAUGGGAAGGCCCGGCCCGGCAGCGCCAGCGGUGAGGCGGCCGACAUGCGCUCGGUUCGCUGGGCCGUCUGGAGCCCCGUCCUGGGCACCGGCGAGGCGGAGGUGGUCCUGCCCCUGCGCGGCGGCCCCUGCCGCAGCCCCUGCCAAGCCUUGGUCUACCGGACCCCGCCGAGCAGCAGGAGCUCCCGCCAGGGGAAGCACGUGGAGUCUGGGACUGUCCAAUUCCAUGUUUCCACUGAUUCAGAAGAACAUCUUGUAACUGCUGCAGAGAUCCUACGUAAAGACAGGGACGAGUCGGAGAAGCCUCCUACGCCAUCGCUGAGUCCGCCAGCCCCGCUGCGAAUGGCGGCCUCCCCGCGGGGACCGGGGCGCAGCCACGGCUCUCGGCUCUCGGCGGGGAUCACUCACCUGGAGCCUGGAGGCGGCUCGCUGGACCCAGAGCCCGGCGCCGGCGACCACAGGCAGGUGAUGCUCGGCCGCCCUUCCCCAGGCUCCUGCACCCCCAUCACCCGGCCUGCUGAGGUCCCCCGCGUCCGCGCGGCUCACCCCCAUUUCUCCGUCAGUUCCCGCACGCUGCUCUCCCGUGCCUCCCUCGCACGCCUGCAUGCCGCCGGCUUCCCGGAGAUCCUGGACCGCAACCAGGAGCCAGUGGAAAUCUCACAGCCGGUGGACCCGGCGAGUUUCAACCUGCGGCUGGAGGAAGCCGACCCUCUGCAAGGCAAUGAAAUAAUCCUGCAGUUCCUGGCUGUUGGCAGGGAUGCCCGGGACAGCGCGGAGGGGAUGUGGCCAAGGACCAUCUUCCUCACCUUCCAGUUCUACCGUUUCCCGCCGGUCACCACGCCGCGGCUGCAGCUGGUCAGCACAGAUGGGAGGCCGGCGGCCGGGCUGGCUGUGCCGGUGCAGCUCCUUGUCCGGCUGAACAAGGACGGGACCCUUGGCACCGGACCACCGGGCUUGCAGCUGAAGUACAUGGUAGAUCCGGCUUUCCUGCGACCCGGGGAGCAGCGCUGGUUUGUGCGGUACCUGGCCGAGCACAGCCUCCAGAUUGACGUCUGGGAUGGAGACUCCCUGCUCCUUGUUGGGUCUGCUGCCGUUAAACUGGAGCCCCUGCUGCGCCAGGGCCGGGCGGCCGUCAGGACCCACCACGAGCUGGAGGUGGCCACGACCGAGUACGAGCCGGACGUGACGGUGAUGGGCCGGGAGGCGCUGCGGCACGGCGCCCUGCGGCCCCUUGGUGUCCGUGUGGUGGUGAGGGGCCACCUCCACCUCUGCCUGGCCAACGUCGGCCACCCAUGCGAGGAGACCCCAGGGCAGCCGCCGUCCCGCUCCCGCCCCCUGCCAGCAUCGGAUGGGGAAAAAAAAAUGCCAGCAUCGCACCAGCAGCAUCCCGGGCCGGGCGGUGGCGGGCGGGUGUCGCGGGCACGGAGGCUGGCUGAGGUGCACGGGGAGCUGGCGGGUGGGGUGCACAGCCGCUGGCCGGAGGCGAGGUUGGCCCCCCCGGCUGCCCCCAGCGAGGCCGCAGCUGCCCGCCGGCGCAAGCUGCGGCGCAUGGCGCUGGUGCGGCAGCAGGAGAACGCCGGCAGCGGGAGGACGCCCCAGCUUUUGGGCUGGCAGGAGCAGUGCGCCCAGCAUGUGCGGGACCUGCAGAUCAUCGACGCCUACCGGGAGCACAUCAAGGGUGAGAGCAUCUCUCAGAUGCCCAGCCGGGCCAUCCCCGCCACCCACACCGUGCACGCCGUGCUGGGGACGGCCGAGUUCUUUGAGUUCACCCUGAAGAACCCCUAUGGUGUCCAGCACACAAAAUACCAGACCUCCUCCGCGGACCCCGCGGUCGUCGCGGCGCAGGGGCCGGCAGGGCUGGGUGCCGAUGCUGACGUGGCCGCCCGCUCCGUGGGGAAGAGUGGGGCCGGGCGGACAAAGCACAUCCAGGUCUCCUUCCAGGUGAGCGGGGGGAAGCCCAUCGCAGUCCUGCGGGUGAAGGUGGAGCCGCAGCCCCACGUGGUCGACCAGACCUUCCGCUUCUACCACCCGGAGCUCACCUUCCUAAAGAAGACCAUUCGGCUGCCCCCCUGGCACACCCUCCCCGGUGCACCGGUGGGGAUGCCGGGGGGGGAGCCCGAGAUGUUUGUUCGCUGCAGCGACCCUGACAUCAUUUGCGAAACCAAAAAUAUGGGACCUGGGGAGCCGCAGGACAUCUUCUUAAAAGUAGCCGGAGGACCAAGCCCACAGAUCAAAAAGUUCUUUGUUGCUAUUUAUAUGGACGCCUGGCUGGCAGCGCCCGUCCAGAUCUGGCAGUUCUACCUGCACUCGCUGCAGCGCCUGGAUGUCAGCUGCAUGGCCGGGCAGCUCACCCGCCUCUCCCUGCUGCUGCGGGGCACCCCGGCCCUGCGGAGGGUGCGGGUCUUCACCUCUCACCCCCAGGAGCUGGAGGUGGAUCCGGACGGCGCCUUCCUUCUCCCUGCCAACGGCAUCCAGGACCUGUACAUUGGCGUGAGGCCUCGGCAGGCUGGCAACAGGUUCAUCUACCUCAACCUGGUGGACGUGGAGUCCCACCAGCUGGUGUCCUCCUGGCUGCUCUGCCUGUCCUGCAGGCAGCCCCUCAUCUCCAAGGCGUUCGAGAUCUCGCUCCCCGCGGGAGGCGGGAGAGGCUGCAACAAGCGCAUCACCUACACCAACCCCUACCCCUCGCCCAGGCUCUACUUCUUGUGCACCAACCGGCCUGACCUCCUGCAGUUCAAGGAGGACUCCUUCGAGGUCGCCGGCGGGGAGGUGUACACCAUCGGCUUGCGCUUCGCCCCGAGCCAGAGCGUGGGGGAGGAGGAGAUCCUGAUUCACAUCAACGACCACGAGGACAAGAACGAGGAAACCUUCUGUGUGAAGGUCCUCUACCAGUGAGGCUGCCCGCCCGCCGUGGCAAAGUGGCUGUUCUCUGUGCCGGCUGCUGCGGCUCCCCCGGCAGUGCUGCCUCGGGGAUGCCUGUGUCUCUCCGAUGGGGGGUUGUAAGCCCGGUCCCCUCGUAGUCACCUCACCAAGCUGGGAGGUCUUGCUGUCCGCCGGGAUCCCCAGGCAUUGCCGUGGGCGCCAGUGGUGCCACGUGGCUCCGCCUGCAGAAAUCGGGGAGAGGAACGUAUUUGUUACCGCGCAUCGCAACUGCAGGAUGUCUUUAUUUUUGUUAAGCGUUACUAUAUUUUAGGCAUGUUGGAAUCUUUUUUUAACUUAAAAAGUUUGCAGAUCUGAUUCUGCGGAAUAUUUUUAAAGUAUUUUAUAUUCCACAGUGAGUUUUGCACACACUGAAGCACUUUUCUGGGAUUUUUGAUGCUUUUUACUCAUCCUAGAUCAAUUAAACUUGCUGUGC